AUGGCCAAAAUUUUGAGAGCUGCGUCGGUAAUUUGCGCAGUAUUGUUUAAUUGGACAGGCGUUAUUGACGCAUAUAUUUGUAAUUUCAGCCGUCCGUAUGAUCUGCUCAGAAGAAACGCCGUCGUUAGGUGUGACAUGGAUGUCAGCAUAUUAAGCUCUGCAACUGCAAUCUGCCCUCGUCGAGUCGACGACGCCGAAUAUGUUUGGCAUCCACAACCAACGUCCGAUGGGCAUCCGCAUAUCGAAACCUACGUGAAUGUGAAUGGAAGUUUACGUUCUACUGGUAUAUCCGAUGUGGUGAUAACAGAAAACCAAAUUUCGUUUAUAUCUGUGGAAUCAAAUCAGUUGCAAACAAAACUUCAAUUCAACUUCCCAUCUCAUGAGUUGUUCACCGUUAUCGACCGCCGCCUUAUAUUCAUUUGCGGCCCCAGAGAUUUAGUAUUGAGCGAUACGAUGCAGCGUCACAUUUACGGUCUCAAAGACACCUAUAACAUGGACUUGCUUCCGUGGAGCUCAUCGGCACCACUAGUCGAAGAACUAAAAGAGAUGAGGAAGGGUUUUGGUUUAUUUUUAGUGAACAUAGGGCAUUCACACCUACCUCUUCAAGGCUGCGGCAGCCGCACCUCAGCACUUUUUUCACCAGACAACGUGGUUACCGAGAAUAGCUUUACUGGCACCCGUUCUUGUGUAGCGGAUCCAAGGCUCAGAGCACCCAUAGGAUUUGUUUGCGAAGGCCGAAUUGAACCCAAUGAUUGCAUGAAGUCUCUCAUUAACCAGAAUGAUGAAGUUGUGCCUGCCCCUGAACCACAUAAAUAUUGGCAAUUUGAUAACUAUAUGCCUUGGGUGGUGGCGCAAUAUUUCGACCAAUUAGCAUUACCGCCAUUUACAGGCGAAUGCAGGUGCAUAGAUCCCGAAACAGGCCAGGUAAAGGCGAGGAUAGAGAUCCGUUCGAACACCGAGUACGUUUGUGACAUAACCCAAAAGGUGUUCCUCCACCGUACGAACCCUAUUCCAGGCCCUUGGUGUUCGGUUGUGCUUCACCCUGGCAGUACGUUGACCAUAAAAGUGCCGAUACAGAAGGUUUAUCGGAAAUCUUUUGACGGUUCGCCCACUGUUUCAUUCUCACAAAUGAUGUCUCUCUAUGCUUUCGAAACUGCAUUCUUGCCGAAGGACCUGAUGACGCUACGGCAACUACAAACAAUUUAUAACCUUGCAAGUUACGACGAAAUUCCGUACACCCAAACUCUUGUUGGUGAUGCCCUCGAGUUGGACGUUUCACAAAUUAGUAGAGGGUUGGUGAAGUUGAAGUAUCAUAUGGGCAGACCUCUGGCGUUACGAAGAGAACACAACUCGUUCCUCUAUCAUUGGACAGUAAGAUCAAGAAACGUGAACAUUCAUGAAAGUAUAAGCGCCGCCAUCAAUGUGGCCUUUGCUUUCACGCAUCACUACCAUGCUGUUGGUUGCGAUCGUGGGCCACAAAACCUAUUCGCACCAAGCAUUAGCAAGUUGUUUUGUUCAACUAAACGGUGGGGUAAUGGUAUCGGGGAAACGUACGAGUGCACGUACGAUUUAACUAUGGGCAUUUUGUGGGCUGGAAUCCACUGCAAGCCCGAUGAGGAGCUUUUGCCAUCAAACUGUGACUCCGCGGUAUAUGAUUUUUACUCAAAUGGCGCUGUGCCAUUGCCUACGACUGUGCAGCAUGCGACGGCCAUCCGUAUACUAGGCUUUCAAACGUUAGGUUUUAAAGACCAUAAUGCACCUACCAGUAUUGGUUGCAUAUGUGUCGACCAAAGUGGCUACGAAAAGUCCAGGCUUAUUUUUGAGACAAACGAUUACGCAGGGCGUAGGUACACAGUAAAUGACGGGGAGCUGAUUAACAUUUCACAUUCUUAUAGGUUGCUGCCUUGGCAUGAGAUUGGAUUAACUGGUGGGUUGCCCACAUCACCCGAAUACCUCGUGUUAAACAACGUAUCUCAAGAAGUAAUUACUUUGAGAGGAGGUAAAGUGUUGUUCGUACGCUGUAGUGUUGCACAUGGUGCGCACGAAGACGUAAAUGACGAUAAUAUACGGCCUAUGUGGUUGCCCGCGUCCUUUCGAACUUCCCAUUAUAUAACAAUGCAGACUCCCGAUGGGCCUGAAUUUGUUCUUGCGGCACACAGCGAUUCAAUUGCUACUACACCGGGUGGCUUCGAAGUCUUUACAAUCAUUUCCACGGCAAGAAAUUACGAGCUAGGCAUCAAAUCGAGUAGAAAAGCCGUGAUUGUAUCUAAGGAUCCGCUUCAUACGCACGAAGUGCCCAUGACAUUUGUCUGUGUUAAGACACCAGAACAAUCUGAUUUUUCCGUAGUCACAGGUGAUGCGUUAACUUCAGGUGAAGAUGUACAGCGAAAUGUUCGUAAAAUUGAAUCGCCGCAUGGAUAUAAGUGGAAUGUCGUCAAAAUUAAGCUCAAAAUAACAGACCCGUAUAUGCACGGCUGCGGAGUCACAUACGAGUCGGCUAAUUUAUUCAAACCUGAGACACCGCCCAUCUACGAUUUCCACGGACGACAAAUCGGUUGCACGAUAGACCUUCAAGCUGCUAAGGAAGCGGCGUUCUACUGCCCAGCACCGUACGUUUUCGACCCGCCCAACUGCUUCUACCAAGUCUCGGUGAACGGUGAAGUGAAGAACAUAAGCUAUGUCAGCACUUCGUUGGUACCAUCUCGCACUAAUCAUUUUGUCACACUGAAGUUAAAUGGCAACCGUGUAGGACCCGGGGAGGAGCUGCGCCAGUCGCCGCCACUUGAAUGCCGAUGCAUCACUAUCAAGGGUGUAGUCCUGUCUACCAUCCAGAUCGAGAACUACUACUCCAAGGAAUGGGUAGCUCAGAUGUAG